UAAACCGGUCUCUGGUGGUCUGGUCCUCCUUUAUCAUCGAUCCCCUCCUCCCCUCCACACACACACACACACACACACACACACCUCGCUCUCUUCCGCCGCUGCUCCCUGCACAGCCGCAGUCCACGGCGAUGCGCCGUUAACGGCAGACCCGCUCCGCGCUCUUUUCUUCUCCUCGCAUCAUCCCCGCUUCCAGGCAGAGAAGACCAGCAUCCCCGUCCCCGGGCCGCGUCUCUGUCCGCCGGCGCUGCGCCAUCCUUAUCAAUAACAUGGAAAUAGAAGGCUGUCGUUCUUCCAUCUAGACGGGAAGUCUCACCUUACAGAGUCAAGACGGGGGCCACAAUGAGUGAAGAGCCGCCGGUCACCCCCAGCUGGCUGACCCCUGACCCCACAGCAUGGGCCAGCGGAGGCGGGGGGCCAAUGGACAACAUCACCAGCUUGGGGACGUUCCCUCCAGACUCCCUUCCGCCCAGCCAACUGCCCCUGCUGAUCAACCCCUGGGACAUUGUGCUGUGUUCAUCGGGGACUCUGAUAGCCUGUGAGAACGCCCUGGUGGUGCUGGUGAUCUGGCAGAACCCGGCGCUCAGAGCUCCCAUGUUCCUGCUUAUUGGCAGCCUGGCGCUGGCCGACCUACUGGCCGGCCUGGGCCUGGUGCUUCACUUCACCUGUGCCUAUUUGCUUCAGUCCGACUCGGCCCAGUUGCUGACCGUGGGCCUGGUGGUGGCCUCCUUCUCCGCCUCCGUCUUCAGCCUGCUGGCCAUCACUAUUGACCGCUACCUGUCGCUGUACUACGCCCUCACCUAUAACUCAGAGCGGACAGCGGCCUUCACCUACACCAUGCUGGUGCUGCUGUGGGGCCUCUCCCUGUGUCUGGGCCUGCUGCCCGUCACAGGGGUCAACUGCCUGGCAGAGGAGGCUACAUGCAGCGUGGUUCGGCCACUCACAAAGAACAACAUUGCCGUGCUGUCCGUCUCCUUCCUUCUGCUCUUCGGCCUCAUGCUGCAACUCUAUGUCCAGAUCUGCAAGAUUGUGAUGCGCCACGCUCACCAAAUCGCCCUCCAGCACCACUUCCUGGCUGCCUCACCCCACUACGUCACAACACGGAAGGGCGUGUCCACGCUGGCCAUCAUCCUGGGUACCUUUGCUGCCUGCUGGAUGCCAUUUACUGUCUACUCUCUCAUUGCUGACUACACCUACCCUCCACUCUACACCUACGCCACGCUGGUGCCUGCCACCUACAACUCCGUCAUCAACCCGGUCAUCUACGCCUUCAGGAACCAGGAGAUCCAGAAGGCGCUGUGGCUGGUGUGCUGCGGCUGUGUGCCUGCCAGCGUGGCCCAUCGUGCACGUACCCCUAGUGACGUCUGACCAAGCAGACCAAUGUGGGAAGAGAGAGGCGCCCUAAGUCAGCUUUGCUCCUUACUGGAUGUGUCUGGUGUAUAAUAGAGCAGCAGCAAGGGAGGUCAGGGGAAGUGGCAGAGGGCUGUGGCUUCAGUUCUGGCUGGAGAUGUUACUGGCAGUGGCAGUUUUGUUAGUUAUCCACUGCCCACCUGGAUGGAUGACGUUUUUUUUAAUUUGUGUUACACUCACCAUAGGGCAAGGUGUCUCACUUUCUUCCCCAGUAAGGCGGACAGUGCGCGGGCGGCAUCCCGCCCCCUCCCGUUCAACCCGUGCCACGCCCUUCCUCUGUUCUGCAAAAGAUGCUGAGUGCAUCACACGUUAAAAGCAGCGGCUGAAUGUGCAUAUAGUUAACAGCACUUGAGCUUUGGUUGACACGUGCUUGUUUUUCUUUAAAUAGGGAGGGAUUAUUAGUUUGCGCGCGUGCGUAAAAGCGCACGGCAGAUUAACUAAAGGGUGUGUGAGAGUGAAUAUGCAGGCACUUCCACAUGAAGCCUGUCUGAAGCAGCAUCCCGGCGCUCUGCUGCUGCACUCUGAACGUGCGUCGAAAGCUAAACAGCCGCGGAGAGCUAAAAAUAGACCCGGCGCUCUCUGAUCCGCGCCCUGAGUCCUCCACAGACGCCGAGAUAGAAAUUAAGCCGUUUCUUCCUCUCCAAAUUUAUCAGUCUUCUUUUCUUUCUGGAUUGUGCGUACAUGUGUUUUAGUUCAUCUCGCGUCUGGCAGGAUCAAGAUAAAGCCCCAGGAGACCCCACCAGUAACCCCUCCUCCAUUUCUUAUCAUUAACGGGAGACCAAACCGAAUAGAAACCUAUCGGAUUAUGUAGCCACCUUAAAUCGCCCCUCUUUCACCUUUUGAAUGGAGAUUAUUUAUGGCUGUUUUGAAUGUCUGGAGAUUGUUAUAUCAUUUUUAAUUGAGAAAACCCCACAGAUUUGAACGAUAAUUUGAAUUAUCAGGUAUUUUUUAAAAGGAUAACACAAAUAUCAAAUGUAUUAUCCCUCAAGGAAUACAAUAGGAUAUUAAAUGAACAUGCCUAUGAUCAGAUCACUACAAAGCUGUAGCCAAAAGCCCAACUAUCAAAAUGAUACAAGUUUGGUGAAAAUCUGUUAAAUCUGAAUGCAUUUCCAUUUAUUUGAUAUUUUUGGCUCCAUGCUGGACCUCAGUGUAAUUGGCAUGCAACAUAUGCCCUUUGGCCCAUGAGUUCAGUGUGGUAGGUCACAGGCCAUGUGUCAUGUAUACCCUGAUGUCAUCAUGGCCCUAAUCAUUUUGUUUAUGUAUAUAGUGUAUCUCACAUUGAAUGAGCUACAAUCAUCACUUGAUGGUCACGAAAGUUGCACCCUUUUAGAAAAAUGUGGAACUUUUAAAAUAUUUUUGCUGCAUAGUGCGGAUAGUUUGAAGUUUAGAAGCUGCUUUGAUCAUGAUUUGAGUUCAACUUAGUGUGAUUCAAUGAAAACCCAAACUCACAACACCUACUAGCUGCUCUGAGUUAGUUCUCAUUUAUUUUUUAUCUCAAAAUUAGUUUGCAAACCUGACAAACAUGCUCGCUAAUUCCUCAUUCCUUCAUAUCUUGUCAGCAAUAACUAGCCUCUGAAUGGUAGUUAUUUUUUUUAGAUGUGAAGCAAUACUCAGACAGCAAUAACAUCCACGUCCCACCAUGACUUCUUCCUGCUGCAUGAAGUACCAUAAUGGCCGCUCAGGUUAGGGGGAUGUGUUGUAGUGACUAGCAUCAGUGAGCUACAAGUGAUGCUUCAGUGAUACAUUUUCAAAUAGGUGGUAGGAUAAUCACUCCUGGGCUGGAAAAUGUGGACGAGAUGAAACGACUUAUUUGUCACGAUGACACCACUGCCUCAUUCCUGCGCAAUGAUUUUUUUCUUCUGACUCAAAAUCGGGCUUUGAUUAUUUGUCACACCAGGAUGACAUUUUAUUUUGUUGCCUCUGUCUUUUGUGAUGAACUGUCCUGAGUAUCGUAACCUCAUGUGUCUCGUGUGAUUUGGGACUGUGUUUUCGUGCAUAAGUUGCAUGGCCUCUGGGUGUGUGUGUCGUGUGUGUGUGCGUGUGUGUGUGCGUGUGGGUGUGUGUGUGUGUGUGUGUGUGUCCAGCAGUUAAGUAGACCAUAAUCUGUCUCCUUGUAAGGGGGUAAAACAGGUCUGAGGAAUGUAACUUCCUGUUACCCCCCUGAUGUAGAGGAUAAUGCUGCCAGUCUUCCUGUCAAUUCGGAGAGAAGUGGCGUUGUUGUGUGUUUGUAGAGCUUUUUUAAAGAGGGAUAGGACUAGUACAUAGAAGCUCCAGCACUUCAAGCCAAAGAGAAAGGGACUCUGAAUGAACUGGAUCCUAGUCCUGCUGUGUGUUUUCUGUCUCCUAUAUAUUACUAAUAUUCUACUUUAAAAUCAGUCUAGUCUGGUCGAGGCAGGCGUCCGCUAAGUGGCCUCUGAAUGAUUCUAUGAGCUAAAAAUCACUUCCAAACACAAAGAUACUGCUAUUUCUUUCCUUCCUUGCUGCCUCCCCUCUCAGCAAGCCUGAUAGAGGCAUUUGAGCAGUUCCAAUCUUCAUCUUUCUGGCCUUAGAUCUGGUGCAAAAAAAAAAAAGGGGGAUGAGUAAGGAAAGCAGAGGAGUAGCAUUUCUGAUCAUUGGAAUGUGAACUUGUGUGCAGUGUCAGACUGAAUCCUGUUGUUAUUCGAUGAGCACCAACAAUUCAGGCUGGCACAUCACAAACCAUUACAAACUCGUAUUCCUUUACCUUGGGAGAAAAGUCUAUUUUGUUAUAUUCAUUGAAAAGUUCUAUUUUUUUGUCUGGCCUGAAUUCUUUCAGAUUCUGAUGUUGUAUAACGGCGCUGUAAAGCCUUUUUCUGAAUGUAAUAAUAAUCAAAUUGUUUAACUGAUAUCCCCUCCUCUUGACUCGUUUUGUUUCUGUAAAUAUAGCAUGCUAAAGAGGAGGGACUUUAUACCACCAUGCAUGGUGCUACCAAAGCCAGUCCAACUAUGGAAUGAGUUGGGUUGCACCAUUUUUUUGAAUGACAUUUCUCCACCUCGGCUUUUAAUGUAGAAUUUCUUCUGUUAGGUUCCACUCUUCUCGCUUCAAUAUGCACCAGUUUGUAAAGGCUGGUUAAAGGAUAAUUGACAUGCUACACAGACGGCUUUGUUAUAAUAUUGUUAUAUAUUAUAAAUUGGUACACAACGUUCUCUGAUUGGUGAAUGUUUUUCUCUUGUGCUGCCGACAUUUUCAUGAACAGGUGUGAACAAGGGCUUUGUAUCCAAGAAUAGCAAAAGACUGUGAUGUUGGAUGUAAUACUUCUCUGUAUACACACACCUGUUAAUCUAUAAAUGUUUCACAGUGUAAUAGUACACACAAUUGUGUACAAAGCAACUAGGAUUUUUGAAUAAAUGUGUAGCCGAUCAUGGGCUGUAAGUUCAAUGGAA